AUGAACGGUUCCGUUGGCGGAAAGGCCGGCAAAGCUGUGAAGGGCGGGAAGAAGGCGGCGGCUGCUGCAGCCGCCGCAGGAGGUGUAACAUCGGUCAAGGUGCCGAACGGAAGUAUCUCCACGACGGAAACGACCAAAAUGACGGCAACGACUGGGUUACAGCGGCCACGUUCUGAGUGGUACAGCGUUGUAAACAACCCUCAGUGGGAUGCGCCGCUGGUGUUUAUUCAUCAGCUACCAGGCUUGGAUCGCUCAGAAGAGGAAGGCGGCAGCUCGACAGCUCCCACUCAGCGCCCUCCGACGUCUGACUUCUGCACAACACUCCACCGGGCCCUGCAGACCAUCGCUGAGGAGUUGGAUGACGCGACUGGUGGGGCGACGGCGCGUGAGGGUAGCGUUGUUAUUAGUGAGUCCCAUUCAUUGCCGUCGUGUGAGGCACAACGCCGCGAUUUCAAGGAGAUUGCGGUGGUGAUGGCGCUGCGGGAACCUCGCACGUUACUUGCGCUGCUGAACAACAGGAAGGCGUUGUCCGAGAGCCGCAUCGACACUCGCCUCAUUGUGCAGUUUGUCGACUCCCGCCCCUUGCAGAGCCCGGCCACGCAGGGUGGCAACGCCAAUGGUAACAACACUAGUUCAAGGGGCCGAGCAGGCGGGGCAGCAUCCAAGCGGUCGACUAAUCUCGAAGGCUCCGGUGCCCAGCUUUCGGUAGGCGCGAAGGAUGGGGACACUGCGAGCUCUUCCUUUGGGAUUUGCAACACCUUCGAUAGCUGGAUCGAGCGGUAUCAACGCGAGGGGGUAAUUACUAAUGUAGCCACUUCUGCUGCUGCUUCGCACGCAACCGGUGUGGUAUGUCUGCGGGAGGUCUUCGAGGGCGGUGGCGAGGACAGGAGUGCGUGGGUCACUCGGUGCGUACAGACGGUGCUGCCUACGAUUCAUGGUGUAGUGCAUGACAUGUCUCGGUACGCCGAGUGGCUCUCCAACAGAAGAGUGUACCACUACUCCGUCGCCAACUCCGAUCUGCUUCCUCAGCAUCAGCAACAACAACAACCAGAAGACAUGGCUGGCGGCAGCGAACUUCCCUUGAGUUUCACAGGGAAGCGGCGAUCGAAGGUCGCAUCACCUGUAUCCGCUCAGCCACAGCUGGCGAUGUCUGCAGCAGAUAGGGAAAACAGCCGAUCGCCCACAAGGGAUGCUGUGCUGAGUUCUCUACCCUCAAGCCGCAUGCGCCGUGAGAAGAUAGGUGAAGAAUUAGAAGAGGAGAAGGAAAGAAGAGGACAGGGUGGGGCGGAAUGGGCAUAUUAUUUACGUGAGUCUAAGGUGCGGGGCCAGUGGACGUGCGCAUCCGCUGUGCGUGCACUCGCGACACAAGUGACAGUGUCCUUGGCGCGGCGCCAACAGCCCAAACUGGUGCGCCCUGCCUUGGAGGACGGAGGACAGGCGGAGGGCACGCAGCAUCGACGCUCCACAAGAGUUGUGCCGGUUGACUCGGAAGUCAAGGAGAAGGACAUUGGUGCAUCCCUCUUACGGCAAUUGCGACAGUACGCCUCCAAGCGCACUAUCUUAACUACAUUAGACCCAAUCACCACUGUUGACGCUGCUGCUGCUGCUGCUGCUGCUGCUGCUGCUGCUGCUGCCGCUUCAGUGGCGGUGGCUUCAGAUAUGAAUGCCACCACAAGGAGUCGUGCGGGUGAGACGGCAUUGGCGUCUCCGAUGCCAGACGACCUCCGCGACCAGUUGGAUGCAACUACCAUAACAACACUGCUGCCGAUGGACCACACAAUGGAUCGCCCAACAUCACCGCCACACCCAGAGGAAGUGCAGUGGAUCACGCAGCAGUUCGUCAAGAAGGCCCUCGGUGCCUUUGCUCUUCCGCCAGCAGCAAUUGAUGCGGAUGCUGUCAGGGACGGCACUGGGUCACCGGUCACGUCGUUUGCCAGUGAGCACUUCCAGGCGGUGAUGAGGAUGCGCGAGCUGCUGGAGGAGCCGCUGAACGGCCACACCGUCGAAGAAGGUGAAGACGCGGCAGACAGCCAUGUGUUAGAACUCAUGGAGGCGGACUUUCGCUGCGCGGGUGGUGAGUCACCGAGCGGAUGGGUCGACGUGCGCGACGCUGCGAUGGCUUCGAUUGGGCUACAGCCUGUGGAGGAGAAGCUGCAGCGCUCGAUUGAACGCAGUUUGACACCGCGCGAGAGGACGCACAUUCUCCAGCUAGUCUUUCUGGAGUGGGCGGCCACUAAGGCGCGCAUGAAUGGCGCCCUCCCUCCCUCCGACGGCCCAUUUGCGGAGGGCAUUGAGCAACAACAGCAGCAGCAGCAGUUAGCAUCACCGACGAGUAUGGUUCCUUCGAAUGAGAGUAUUGGUCCCAUCUCGCGCACUAUGGAAGAGAGUGUGACCAAGGCAGUAGCUAUACAGCGUAUUUAUGAGUUCCAGUCUCGCUUUGGAGCCCACUUGUGUCGUCUGUUGCGUUGCACAAUGCCGGAACCAUUGGAGACGUUGGAGGGGAACUACACCGCCGUGUAUUCCACACAUGCUGAGAACGUGCAUCCGCCAAAGCGAGUGCGGGCGAUGAUGAUUGGCGGUGUGCCACUCCCGAAGCAACGGCACGUGCAGCGUCUCUGGUGUCAUCACAUAUCUGGUGUGCCGUCUCUUGACCAGUUCAAUGAACUCGUCGCCUCUGAAGACUCCAUUGCGUCGCUUCCUUCUCCACCGCCAACUACUGUAGCUUCUGGUGGUGGUGGUGGUGGUAUUUCUCGUACAGGGGGCGCUAUUGGUGAUGUAAUCCGUCGGCAACUGCUUACUCAGUUGCAGAAAUCAAGGCAGUUGUUGGCGCCAACUCCUGAGGAAGUAGUCAGGGUUAACAAUGUGUGGCGCGCUGAGGGGAAGGCACAGUCCGUGGUGGAGGGGCGCCACGCUCUGUACCCAUAUGAUGAUAGUGUUGUUGAAGUCGUUACAACAGAUCGAGGCCGUACGUGUCGAUACGUGAAGGCUAAUGAGCUGAGUUGCGCACUGCACUACAGUAUCCCGUCUCCUGACGCGAGUACAUCCGAGUCCCCAGUAGAGCGUGCCUCUUCGGCACAGGCCGCACGUAGACGGAUGCGAGAGGAGAGCAGUGCCUACUUUACCGCCUCGUUUGACGAUGGUGUUGUCUUAACCUGCACGCAACGGUGGCCGCCGUCUGUGGCUCCUACCCCUGUCGUGUCUGCUGGCAUUUCCAGCGAAAGGGAAAACGUUGCCAGAAAUAGCACCGUCUCUGUGAAGAGCACCGCCUCGCGUCGCGGCAAGACGUCGUCGAGGCUCGGCCAAGGCUCCGCUUCAGGUAAGCGGGGUGGAAGUUUCUCGCCGGGGUUCGGAGAAGAGAGUCAGACGAUUGGAAGGCGUAGCGCCCGUAAGCCGAGGGGUCGCGGCCGCGACGACGGCGAUGCCCUCUGCGGGCUCACAACAGCAGCACCCAUACGUCUUGAGCAGCCGCAGCGGCUGUUUCCUGUGGCGGAUGAUGGAUCCGUUCUCUUGUGGAACGCCACGGGAGAAGAUGUGAAGAGUAGCAGUACAAAUGUCGUCACUUCCAACGUCGGAAUGGUCUCCUUUGCAGGAACUGCACACGGCUUGCCGGCGCUGGCAAUCACAGUUGCUGCCAACGGGGUUACGGUGCACUGUGAGGAGCAGGAAUCGCUGCUCUGCAUCUCUCAGCACGGGCCCAGUAACUAUCCGGCGCCAGAGCUGCUGCGCUGUGUUCACGCGUGCAAAGUGGGCGCAACAUGGAAUCGAACAAUGGAAGUGGAGGUGCGUCGCGUGGUCAUGGAGGAAUCAGGUAUUGUGUGCCGUUACUUUCACUCCGGUGCCACACAGUUACUUUACCCGGAUGGUGUGGUGGUGACGCGGUACCCCUCACCCAUCCAUAAGAGCAGCAGCAGCAGCAUCUCUGGGAAUAGCCCUAAGAGCAAGAGGAAUUCUUUAUUCCAGAGUGAGACACUUGUUACGGCUGCAGGUGAGUGCUAUGUGCGUCAGGUGAAUAGAGGUGCUGUUGGAAACUUUCACCGUUUGCCGGAAAACACGAUUGCGACACGUGUGACCUACGACCGUGGCAAUCACUGCCGAAUAUUGUCUCGCGCGGAUGGUGUGGCGAUUGUUUAUUACUACAAGAAGGAGAGUGGCGGUAAAUCCGACGUUGACGUGUAUGGUGGCGGAAGUAAUGCUGUUGACGAUGACGGGGAUAUGGAAGCGGCAGAAACAGAAACAGCAACAAGAACUCCAGCGACGGAGUUUGGGGAGGGUGGGGCUCACACCGGCAGCCACCAGCUCCUUGCCCGCGUCACACUGCACACGGACGGCACAAGCAUCACCACCUUCUUCAGGAGCAUGGGAAGUGCGGCUUGCGUCAGCGUGUCUGCGCCUCUGCGCUUGCUCUUCGAGCAGUUGGAUGUUGUGGAGGCGGCGUGUGGAGCGGCCGUGCAGUACUGUGUGGAGGCGCCAUCGCUACCGCGUGUUUUCGUGUGCGUCCCAACAUGGGAUGACACAGAGCAGCGGGAACCGUCGCUUGGUGGGGCGGAUGCAUCUGAGGCCUCCGCCGCGCUGCCGCGCACCUACUCCGCGAGCAAGUGCAGCACAGCGCUUGCCCGUGAGACGCCCGUCUCGUCGAUUUCCGACGCCGCGACGCCGGUGCUUGGCGCGCUGGCUAAGGGAGAGGGUCCACCGCAGCGGCGCGUCUACGACCGCUUCUACGUUGUCUUCGGCGAUGGUACGGUGCUGCGGCGGCGCGUGGUGUACCGCGGCGCCGCCAUGCCGUUCCUCGAGACACUCUUCACGCGCACCACGGAGGCCUCGGUGCGCAUCAUCCACGAGGCCGGCCUCGCGGUGGUGGAGCCGGCGGAGGCGGUGCGCCGCAACGCAGAGUUGCUCUCGUCGCUGGCCAUCGGGGAAGGCUUCGCGAUGUUUGACCUCGCGCUGGGCGGCAUGCGGCUCGUCGACUACCAGCACCACGUGACGGAGGUGCGCGAUCUGUUCGCGCCGGGGCCAGUCUUCGCCCGCAUCACGCCCGCCACACUCGAGUCGCUGCUGCGGCAGCUCGUGCUGCCCACGUAUACCCCGCACACUGUUCCCAAGGCGCUGCAGGAGGCUAUGCGACAGGAGGAGCUGAAGGCAGAGGCUCAAAGUAGGCGCCAUCGCGCUAUUGGGGCGUGUCCGCCGUUAGUCGUCCGAUUGCGCGAACUGGCUGAGAGUUUUGUUAUCGCCCAUGAUCUUCUCCGUGUUGAUGUUCUUAAUUCGGCCAAACGACAAUGGAAGGGCAGUCGCUCUUUGAGGAGUGGGGGAAGCAUGUCGCCGAAUGCAAUGACAGCGGCGUCUUGGGGCGGCUCUACGGUGGUUGCGGAGAAGGGGCAGUCCGCUGCGCAGCGCACCAUAGCGACAUCACCCAGUGCUAUUGCAGAGACCAUGCCACCCAUGGGUGUUGCGCCGGUCUUCUUUUCUGAGCUUGAAAACGGCCUCGUGGUGCAGUACCUUCACCAGCGUGAUGUGGAGGAGUAUGUGCGCGCCAAGGAUGCCGAGAUGUUUCCAAUAUUCCUCUCGCAUAGCACCGCCGCAGGUGAGCCUGGUGUGCAGCAGCUGACAUUCUUUCGCGUGAAGGCAGCCACAGGGAUUAAUGAAGGAGCCUCGGCAGCAAGCCAACCGAGGCAAGUGUCCCUUACCAGUUUCCCAUCCCGCACGCUGUUGCGUGGCUCCUGUGGCAUGAGCCACGCAUCGAGCAGCGCGGCAAUGGCAGGCUCCUUUCUUGGUGGUGCUGUGAAGCGACAGGAGCAACUCGCGCUCUUCUCAGGGCGGCGGGCAUCGUUUCCCACGACGCGCUGGCUUCCGCCGUCCAUGCAGCCCCCACGCCGCUUUUUGGAGCCGCACUCCGCAAGACGUGGGGACGGUGAAAGCGGUGGCGUGACCGUUGUUGAUGGGCCUCUGCAGCACGGCGAUACCGCUGCGUCGCUGUCUUCAUAUGAGCGGCUUCGCGUGUUCCUGAAGUUCACGGAGAUGACGCCGGUGGCGCAGCAGGUGGUGCUACUAGGCGAGGCACAAUGGCAUAAGCAGCUGACGUCGCUGGUGUCGUACCACAAGUCCAUGAGCGCCAUGUCGCCGGAGAUGUCGUCCGCGGCGCUGGAGGAGCAACGACACCUGCGGGAGAAGCACCUUGUGGUCUCACGGUGA